AUGCUCGCUGCCGUCUACUACCUCUUUCCUGCGUACGCGCUCCACCUUCAACCGGUCGCAGGGACCAGCUUGCCGGCGGUGCGAAUUUCAUCAGCCGCGACGCGGGCGUCGGCGCCGCAGAUGCAGCAGGAAACUGGCCCGUUCGCAGGGCUGCAAAAUGCGUUUGCCGUCUUCCAGGCGUCCAAGCAAGAGGGCAUGGACUUCAAGCAGUCCGUGGCUGAUGCCAUAGCCGGCGAUUACGAUCGCGACUCGGUGACCGCUGACGUCAAGGAGGCUGCGUCUUCGGCACCGCUGGCUCUCAAGCUCAUCGGGGAGACGGGUGCGAGUCCAAAAGUCGUGCGCCUCGACGACCCGUGGGACAAGGGCAACGUGAUGCGCGCGGCGCUCGGCCGGCUGACUGGCAAGUCGUCGGUGCCGUCGAUCUGGGUUGGCGGCGAGUACAUUGGUGGCUGCGACGAUGGCCCGAGCGAUGAGGCGCCGGGCCUUGUGCCGAUGGCCUUCCGCGGCACGCUGCGGGAAAAGCUCGAGGCUGCGGGCGCUUUGGACAGCGGCAGCAUGCGCGAGGCACCGGCGGCCCCCGGCGCAGCGCACUGA